AUGUUUUGUCCAAAUAGAUGGAUUAGAUGGAUACUCUCGGACGUUAAUCAGCUAAAAUUAAACACGGAUGGCUCUGCUAGGGACCCUUUUUGUGCAGGGGGUGUUGUGGUCAGCUUUCAACUUAGAAAUGAUUCCACAUCAAUCCCAGCGAAAUUAAUUGAUUCUUUUCACAAAAAUGGAGAUGCAGGGGAUCGAACCCUGUACCUCUCGCAUGCAAAGCGAGCGCUCUACCAUUUGAGCUACAUCCCCUUUCGGUAUCUUUGGCUUUAUUAUCUCUACAAAGAUAAUAAAGAUAGUAUUGAAAUGGGCUUUGAAGAGCCUUAG